AUGAGCAGCAAUGGCCCUCCAAAGGCCAAGUCCAAGUCAACCUUCCACUUCGUAGCAGGCCUCGGCUCAGGGCUCCUCUCCGCCGUCCUCCUGCAGCCGAUCGACCUUCUCAAGACCCGCGUACAACAGUCUGGGCACCACUCCUUAACCAUCGCGUUCCGCGACAUCCGGUCUCAGCCGAACUUCCUACCUGCAUUAUGGCGAGGCGCAACGCCCUCCGCCCUGCGCACCGGCUUCGGUAGCGCUAUCUACUUCACGAGCUUGAACGCGAUCCGCAACAAUGUGUCGCGCGUACCCUUCCUGGCGGCGGGCGGCGUGGGUGCGCACGCGGCCGGGAGGGACGGGCGGCACUCGUCGUCGCUGAUCAAGCUGUCCAACACCGGCAACCUGCUGGCCGGAGCCGUGGCGCGGACGUUCGCGGGCAUGACGCUGAUGCCGCUCACGGUGAUCAAGGUGCGCUACGAGUCCAACCUGUACUCGUACGGCUCCAUCGCGGCGGCGGGGCGGGACAUCUUUAGGAAGGAAGGCCUGCGGGGCUUCUUCUCCGGCUUCGGGGCGACGGCGAUGCGCGACGCGCCCUACGCUGGGCUGUACGUCCUGUUCUACGAGCAGAGCAAGAAGCGCCUGAGCUCGUGGACCAGCGGCGACGUCAAGGAGAAUGCGCCCGCCAGGACCAAGAUGAACCCCGCGAUGGGCGUCUCCACCGCGGCCACCAUCAACUUCGGGUCGGGCGUCAUCGCCGGCGCCGCGUGCUCGGCCAUCUCGAACCCGUUCGACGCCGUCAAGACUCGCAUCCAGCUGCAGCCGGGGGUGUACCGCAACACGUUCCACGCGGCGCGCAUGAUGGUCACACAAGAGGGGCUGCGCAGCCUGGCCGACGGGCUGGGGCUGCGCAUGAGCCGCAAGGCCAUGAGCUCGGCGCUGGCGUGGACCGUGUACGAGGAGCUUGUACGGCGCGCCGAGGUCACGCUGAACCCCAAGACGAGGAACGAGAGUGUAUUAUGA